AUAAUUGAAGAACUAACAGAUCGUUUCAUAUUGAAUGAAAUACCCAACCCAACCUCACAUCACCCACGACUUGCGCGGUUUGCGCGUGACUGUUUUUUUCUUCAAAAAAAAUAUAGACAAUCACAUGAUGGAGUAGGUACCUAGUGUUAGCAACCAGUGGCAACCAGUGUUGUCGAUUCAAAUGGAACGUGUCAACAAUUGUCCAUCCUUUGAAUGAAAAAUUAACCACUCCGUGUGUUGACUUAAACUAAAAUGAGGUCUUGACAGUCGACGAUGAGGUGCCAAAGACAACUCACCUCUUCGACGAAAACACCUGCACGAUCUAAAUUAAAGCAAAUUAACCUCUAAAUUCGCCGGAAAACCUCCAAAAUAUCAACAAAUCGAGUGAAACUCAAAUUCUUCCCCCAAAUUAAUUAAAUCAAAGUGUAAAUAGGUAAUAAAAGAUUGAUAAAAUCCAGUGAAAAUGAAUUUCCGAAAGGAAAUCUGGCCAAAAUCCGCGGGAGAUGCCGCAUCGAUGGUGUUCACUCUGAUAAUAGUCCCAGUGAUCUACUGGUUCGAGCUCUGGGUGGUCCUUCCCCAGCUCUUCCCCCCAGGCUCUCUCCUCUAUCUCUUUCACUUCACCCUGGGGACGUUCAUCCUUAUAAACAUCGUCGGGAACUUCACGUACACUGUUCUCUGUGACACGAGCACCAGGUCAAUGAUUCUCCCAGUGAGCAAGGCAAAGAUGAGAGAAGGCUGGCGAUUCUGUGCAUCUUGUGAGGCCAUGGCUCCCCCUCGAUCCUGGCACUGUCAGACAUGCGGUAUCUGCAUUCUCAAGAGGGAUCAUCACUGUGUGUUCACGGGGUGCUGCGUCGGCUACUUCAAUCAUCGGUAUUUCCUCAUGUUCGUGCUCUACUUGUUCAUCGCUACUGUCUACAGCUUCUAUUACAAUAAUCACUUCAUCUGGGGGAGAAUGGAGUUUCACUUCCCCAUGUCAAUUAUUAAAAUGGUCUUUCCACUGGCUUUCUCCGUCUUUGGAUUGGAUUACUCCAUGGAUCAGUUCUAUCUGAUGCUGUAUGUCAUUUCAAUCGUGGGAAUGGGGUUCACUGGGGCACUAUCUGCUUAUCAUUUUCAUCUGGUGUUCACUGGAGCCGUUGCGCAUGAACGAGCGAAGAGCAAUUCGAGGUAUAAUCUUGGGUGGAGGCAGAAUGUGAAGGAUGUUUUUGGAGAACGCUGGUAUCUCACUUGGAUCCUGCCUUAUUUUGAGUCCAGACUCAUUGGUAAUGGAGUCAGUUGGAGGACUGCAGCUCCGUGGAAUGAGAAGUCGAAGAACAAAUGAAGAAAGUGAAAUUUUUUAGGGAUUUUUAGUUCAAAAUCUCGAAUUCUGGCCUUUGGAACCGAGUUUUGAGGACAUCGGAAGUUUAGGGUGGUUCCUGUAUGCUUGGAUGAAUCAAUUGGAAAGAUUAUAAUUGAGGUUUUGAAAUGUUUCUUCAAAACCGUAAUUAAAUGGGUAGGAGAGAGUGGGAUGAAAUGAACAUUUUCAACUUCUUUUCAAAUAUUCAUAACUUAGAAACAGAUUAUCAAUUAAGCUCAGUCCAAGCUCGUCACGAAGGGGAAGAAUUUUAAUUUUCAUUGAAAGAAAAGACUCCAUUUCAUUAACAAUUCAAUAAGGCAUUAAUAUUUUAGAAACAGUGGAAUGUGUCCAUUUUACCUCACCCGCUCCUAUGUUCUGAAAUGUUCUCGGGAAAUCUAUAUGGGGGAAAUUGAAGGACUGUUAAAAAGUUCCUUAAUGUGUUUUUUAUGAAGUUUGGAGGAUUUUGGGCUGAUUUUAAUUUUUUUUUCUGCUGAAGUCUUGGGACUUUUGGUUGCAGUCCGUGGACUCCGUAGUCUCCUAUGGUUUUUCAAUUGUUGCAAUUGUGAUCGAAGACUUGAACAAUUAUGCGUAAAAGAACUGUAGAAUUAAGUGUUGGGUACUUCAAAGAUUAUGUCAAUUAAUAUUCGUGUAAAUAAAAUGAAAAUUAUUGACUAAUUUGUUGUGUAAACGUAUCGCUCUAUUUUUCUUUUUUGAGGUAGGGGAGAAUGGGGCAAAAUGAAAUAGUAGGGCAAAAUGAAACAG